AUGUGUCAACAUAGGUCCAUCCUGGUUGUCUUUCUUCUCCUCGCCUGGACAGAAGCCAGAAAAGCAGGUGGUCAACACCGCCACCAUCAUUGCUUCAGGGCCGAAGACCUCCAGGAUGGAGAUGUGCCCAGGGUCUUCCGGAGCAGAACCGCUCGGUGGGACCGCCACCUUUCUUUGCAGCUUGUGCCUUACCUGGAAAGCGAGCAGGCCAGCCCUCGGAGACACCGGAGACACCACAAACCCAGCUGCGCCGACCUGAAACUUGAGGACAUGCUCAACGGAGACCUCAGCAAACGCUCCCUCUCUCCGUGGAAGUACAACAUCGACGAAGAUACCAACCGCUUUCCGUCCCGACUGGCCUUCGCCGAGUGCCUUUGCAACGGCUGCAUUGAUGGCAAGACGGGGCAGGAGACCAUCGCCCUGAACUCAGUGCCCGUGGUCCGCAACAUGAUGGUCCUGCACCGCAAACCCUGCCGGCACGCCGACACCGACGCGGAAGGCUUUACCUUUGAGACAAAGUACAUCGACGUCCCGGUGGCCUGCACCUGCGUCGUUCCCCGCUCCAGCAGUUAA